UUUCUCAGAUUGCUUUCGGUUUCAUUGUUUUUUUAUGUCUAGGAAGCCUGCACAGCUAUGGCUGCCAAGAGAACACAUGAAAGAGAUCCAAUCUACAAGAUCAAAGGUUUGGCCAAGAACAUGCUGGAUGGGGUUUUUGAUGACCUGGUGGAGAAGAAUGUUUUAAAUGGAAACGAAUUACUCAAAAUCGGGGAAGGAGCGAGCUUCAUCCUGAACAACGCUGAAAACCUGGUUGAGAGCAUCUUUGAGAAAACAGAAAUGGCAGGAAAAAUAUUUGCAGGCCACAUUGCCAAUUCCCACGGACAGCUGAGUUUAACAUUUUCUCCUUCUGAUGAGGAUGAUGAACCUCAGAAAAUGUGCACACCAUCUUUUCCAUCAGACUCUGAAAAUGAAAUUAAAGACAGCAAAGAUGAGGAACAAGCUUUAUUAAAACAGACAUCGUCUUUAUCUCUGAUGGAAUCCAGGGGAAAAGAAGAAGAUGAAGAAAUGGAGGUAAAUGCUGGAGUGGCCCAUGCAUCACAUCUAAUGCUGACAGCUCCUCAGGGAAUCCAGAGCUCAGAAGUCCAGCAUACACUGAAGCUUUGUCCUCAUGAUCAGUUUUGUAAGAUGAAGACAGAAAGGGCAAAAGAGAUAUAUCCAGUGAUGGAGAAGGAAGGUCGAACACGCCUGGCCCUCAUCAUCUGCAACAAAAAGUUUGACUACCUUUUUGAUCGAGAAGAUGCUGAUAUUGACAUUUUGAACAUGCAAGAACUACUUCAAAAUCUUGGAUACUCAGUUGUAUUAAAGGAAAACCUUACAGCUCAGGAAAUGGAGACAGAGUUAAUGCAGUUUGCUGGCCGUCCAGAGCACCAGUCCUCCGACAGCACAUUCCUGGUGUUUAUGUCCCAUGGCAUCCUGGAAGGAAUCUGUGGGGUGAAGCACAGAAACAAAAAGCCAGAUGUUCUUCAUGAUGACACAAUCUUCACAAUCUUCAACAACUCUAACUGUAGGAGUCUGAGAAACAAACCCAAGAUUCUCAUCAUGCAGGCCUGCAGAGGCAGACAUACUGGAACUAUUUGGGUAUCCACAAACAAAGGGAUAGCCACUGCUGAUACAGAUGAGGAAUGUGCAUUGAGCUAUAAAUGGAAUAACAGUAUAACAAAGGCCCAUGUGGAGACGGAUUUCAUUGCUUUCAAAUCUUCUACUCCACAUAAUAUUUCCUGGAAGGUAGGCAAGAGUGGCUCUCUCUUCAUUUCCAAACUCACCGACUGCUUCAAAAAGUAUUGUUGGUGUUAUCAUUUGGAGGAAAUUUUUCGAAAGGUUCAACACUCAUUUGAGGUCCCAGGUGAACUGACCCAGAUGCCCACGAUUGAGAGAGUAUCCAUGACACGCUAUUUUUACCUUUUCCCUGGGAAUUAACACAGGCAACUCUCACGCAGUUACCAGUCAAGUAUUGCUGUGGAUGAGAAGAAAAGAAAAUUCCAAGAUCCCAGGAUUUUUAAAUCUGUA